GGGAGACAAACUGCUGACUUCCAAAAUAAUAAAAGACGGCUUCCUUGUUCUUGUGCUUGCUUUUAGAGAGAGAAAGUUAGAGAGAGAAUCAACCACAUUCGCUGAUUCCCUCUUCAACAAAAUAAUUAACCCUACUUAAUCCACCUGAUUAUUGCACUAAUGUCAUCUGGGUCUCCAAUUUUCUCCCAAUUUGCUGCUUGUUCUUGAUUUCCUCUGUUUUCAUCUUGUUCUAUCGGAUCUGUAAACCGCAGCUCAACCUCACUUUUACAGUUAUGAAUCUUUAAUCAGAUUGAUUUGAAUGGAUUCACUUGUUGAAGGAGUCAGUUCUUUGUCAACUAGCCAUAACUCUUUAUUAGGGUACAAUCCACCGGGUAAAACCCGCCCGCCUCAUCACCCGUCAAAGCACUCGAAACCCGACACAACCCACACAUCGGCACAUAUUGGAAGUUCUUCGAAACAAUCUCAUAAAACAUCGUAUGAUCCGAAUAAAGGGAAAUCGAACGGGUUGGGACCCAAUGCGGUUCUCGAUCAAACCGCGAAAGAUUACUUUCACAAACAGAUUUUAGCGUUAGAAGCUAAAGCGGCUGGGAUUAAGCACGAUGAGCCCGAGCCUGAUACCGAGCCCGUGGAUCCUGGACGGUUUUGCCCGAGCCCGCAAAGUAGUUUAUACUCGAUCACACAGUUUACCGAAGCGAAACAAAGCUUUACCAAUACUGAAAUAAGCGAAGGUGGAAGUAGUAUCGGGAAGUCUAUCGAAAGUGGUGAUGUCGGGGUUUCGGGUGAUCAUGUCGAAAGCAAUAAAUCGAGCGUGUAUAGAGAAAGCACCGGGAGUGAUGUUAGUGAGGAGAGUAGUUUGGGUAGUUUCACUAGCGCGAUUUACAAACCGCAUAAGCAAAACGACACGCGAUGGGAGGCGGUUCGAGUCGUGAGGUCUAUGAACGAUAUGGGAAUGUUGGAGAUGAAGCAUUUUCGGCAUUUGAAACGGUUGGGAUGCGGGGAUAUCGGGAGUGUUUAUCUUUCCGAACUGAUUGGGACACGGAGUUAUUUUGCUAUGAAAGUGAUGGAUAAAGCGGCUCUCGCUAGUAGGAAUAAGCUAUUAAGGGCGCAAACGGAAAGGGAGAUUUUGCAAUCUCUGGAUCACCCGUUUCUUCCGACGUUGUAUACUCAUUUCGACACCGAGAAAUUGUCGUGUUUGGUGAUGGAGUAUUGCCCGGGUGGAGAUUUGCACGCGCUUCGACAAAAACAACCCGGGAAGUAUUUCUCCGAACAUGCAGCAAGGUUUUAUGUGGCGGAAGUUCUCCUUGCUAUGGAGUAUCUACACAUGCUCGGGAUCAUUUACCGAGACCUUAAACCGGAGAACGUUUUGGUGCGAGAAGACGGUCACAUAAUGCUCUCGGAUUUCGACCUCUCAUUGAGAUGCGCCGUGAACCCAAAGCUGGUUCGAUCCACCAACCCCACUGUGGAAGCAAAGAACUCCGGCUACUGUGUCCAGCCCGCUUGCAUCGAACCCUCAUGUGUGGUUCAACCCGCCUGCAUCCAGCCCUCGUGUUUCGUCCCUCGGUUCAUGAGCAAACCGAAAAAAGAAAAGAAACUGAAACCGAAACCAAAACCGAAAACCGAAAUACAGAAUCAAGUCUCGCCACUGCCUGAGCUCAUUGCGGAGCCCACGAGCGCCCGGUCAAUGUCGUUUGUCGGGACCCACGAGUAUUUAGCUCCGGAGAUCAUCAAAGGCGAAGGUCAUGGCAGCGCGGUUGACUGGUGGACGUUCGGGAUAUUUCUUUACGAGCUUUUGUUCGGGAAAACUCCGUUCAAGGGGAACGGUAACCGGGCCACUUUGUUUAACGUUGUCGGGCAACCGUUGAGAUUUCCCGAUUCGCCUUCGGUUAGUUUUGCGGCGAGGGAUUUGAUCAGGGGGUUACUUGUGAAAGAGCCGCAGCAUCGGCUGGCGUAUAAACGAGGGGCAACCGAGAUCAAACAGCACCCAUUUUUUCAGAGCGUGAACUGGGCGCUGAUCCGCUGCGCUACUCCGCCGGAUGUACCGAAACCGGCGCCGGAAAUGGUGGGAGUAGAUGUGAAACCUUCCGGUAACUACUUAGAGAUUGAUUUCUUUUAGUGUUGUCUGUCAAUGGAUGCUACUGAAUUUCAAAGGAACUUGAACCUGUGUUUUUCUUUCUUUCUUUCUUUCUUAUGUUUAUGGUGGCUUCUAAUUGCCUUGUUUCAAUUAAUUUAUUACUGUUUAACAAAAUCCUAAUAAUGUCAAUAUUUUUCUUUUUUA